GUGUGGCCCUGCUCUUGUGCUCGGGCUCCGUGGACAGCCGAACUGCUCUUGUGCCGCAGUGGCCAGUGGUCAUCCCAAAUCAUCUCCACCUCCACCCCCUCCGGCCUCCGCGUGGCCGUCUUCCCAGGCCUGCUCCCCCACCAUAUCGGACUGGUGCGUGGCGCCCUUCCUCUCCGGUCUCUACUUCCCACUGAGACGCUAGCUAGCUAGCCGAGUUGGAGACGGCCAGCGACCUCCACCUCUGGCUCUCGAUCUCUGCUGUGUCUUUGCAUGACCUGCUGAAAAGGGUGCGUGCCUUCCACGAUCAGUGCGCGUGCGCUCGUCCCCGUGUCGGUUCGUGGAGCGUUUCGUCGGGCGUCCAUGGAGGAGCUGCGCCGCCGCCGCCGGCAGCGGGUGGUGGGUGUCCCGCUGCUGCUGGUACUGAUGGUCUCCAUGCUCACUGAUCUCGGCAGCUGCAACGACGCCGGACAAGGAACUCUGAACCCAGAGGAAGGUAUCGGCUCCGACUCCGAAGCCAGGAUAAUCCAUGGCGACCGUACACGAAAAAUUCUGCAGGAGCAGCAGAACAAGUACUGGUCUGGAUAUUUCAGCAACAAGGCGGCAUGGCCGGGUUUCACCAACAAUAAUCCUCCAGCCGGCCGAGGCGGUUUUCAGAGCCCGCCGUCGACGUUCACGCCGCAGUAUCCGCAAUGGCCACCGUGGCCGUGGACACCGAAGGUUUCGCCGCCGAUGAGCUUUCCCCCAUCGCCUGCUCCGGCACCUUCCAAGCCUUUGCCGCUGCCCGCGCAUGAUGGAAAUCCUUCACACAGCAUCGCACUGCCCCCACAGCCGCCGUCAGGCACCGGUAGUAAGCCGGUAGUUGCCGGAGUUGUGCCUGGAGCGGGGCACUCUGGUCAUGUUCGCAGGCCUGCCUAUGUCAUCGCCGCGGCAGGGGCCUCCCUCCUCGCGGCGGUGUCGGUGGCGCUCUUCGUCCUGUGCUGCCGGUCCAGCAAGGUGGUCACCGUAAGGCCGUGGGCGACCGGCCUCAGCGGGCAGCUACAGAAAGCAUUUGUCACAGGUGUGCCAUCGCUGAAGAGAUCGGAGCUUGAGCUCGCCUGCGAGGACUUCAGCAACAUCAUCGGCUCCUUGUCGGAUUACAUGGUGUACAAGGGGACGCUGUCAAGCGGCGUCGAGAUCGCGGUGGUGUCGACGACCAAGAACUCUGCCAAAGAAUGGUCCAAGCGCUGCGAAACACAGUUCAGGAAGAAGGUGGGAAAUAAUAAUGCUACUCUGAAACUGUACUGUCCAAUGCAAUUUGCUCUGAAGACUCACCAUAAAACAAACAAAUUGACAUUAAGGGCAGGUACUAAUGUGAAUCUUUCCGUAAUUAUGGCAAGGGCAGAUAGCAAGCUUGUCCAGAGUCAACCACAAGAACUUCGUGAACCUGCUGGGCUACUGCCAGGAAGAACAGCCCUUCACCAGGAUGAUGGUGUUCGAGUACGCUCCGAACGGCACACUCUUCGAGCAUCUCCACGUCAGAGAAGACGGCCACCUGGACUGGCCGACGCGCCUGCGGGUGGCUGUGGGCGUCGCCUACUGCCUGGAGCACAUGCACCAGCUGAGCCCGCCGGAGAUCCUGCGCACGCUGGACACGUCCACCAUCUGCCUGACCGACGAUUUCGCCGCCAAGAUCUCCGACGUCUUCUUCUGCGACGAGCCCCGGGACCGGGAGGAGGCGAGCCUGCCGUCCCUGUCCCCGGCGCUGGCGGACAGGGAGAGCGUGGUGUACAGCUACGGGAUGGUGCUGCUGGAGACCAUGACCGGCCGGUUCACGGCGUCGGGGGGCGGCCUGCUGGAGGGCUGGGCGGCGGGGUACCUGAGAGGGGAGCGGCAGCUCAGGGACGUGAUGGACCCCGCGCUGCGGAGGUCCUUCCACGCCGCCACCGUGGACCGGCUGGACGGCGUCAUCAGGGGCUGCACCGACCGCGAGCCCAGGCGGCGGCUGACGAUGCCGGAGGUCGCCAGGCGGCUGAGGGAGAUCACCGCCAUGCCGCCCGACGCGGCUACCCCGAAGUUGUCGCCGCUGUGGUGGGCGGAGCAGGAGAUCAUCUCCACGGAGGUCAACUGAAACUGAAGACAUGGAAUGGGAAUGUUUUGUUUGCAAGGAUUUCAUCCAGGUCGUUUCAAAUCCUGAAAUUCCGAGAACAGGAUCCCGUUCAAAUGCACCUGGAAACUGCUGUGUAGUUGAGAAGACAGGUUGAUUUUGUAAAUUUUUUUCUCCGUUUUCUGGUAUUCAUUUGUUUUGUCCUGUAAAGUUUCUGUCCAUCGUGUCCAUACGAACAAUACAAGCUACUGCAGCGUGUGGCCAGGCGCAUUUGGUUUCUCCA